AUGGUGUUUUUAACUUUAUCAUGCUGGAUACGAAGCCGUGGACCUGACAGAUAUUGGAAAGUCCAGGAAGUCCUUAAACAUGCCCGGCAUUUUAGAGGCAGAAAAAAUCGUUGCUACAAAUUGGCCGUACGGGCAGUCAGAAGAGCGUUUGUCUACGCAACAAAAGCAAGAAAACUAAAGAAACGCAACAUGAGGACGCUUUGGAUCUCACGGAUAGCAGCAGCCACACGAGAGCAUGGGAUGAAGUAUCCUGCUCUUAUGCAUAACUUGGUGAAGAGCAGUGUCCAGCUCAACCGUCAUAUCAUCAGUGAUUUGGCCAUCACAGAGCCGCGUUCAUUUCUCUCAUUGGCCAAAGUGGCUCGUGCUCGACAGCAAGAGGGUUUCCGUGCAGCACUGGGCGAUGGCAAAGAACCUCCUGGUUGCAUCCGAGUGACCACGCGUGGAGGAAGUGCAUUGACAUCUCCAGCUGCACAGUCCACAGAGCCCGUCUUUAACCGGCGAAACUGUGGUUUAUUCCUUCUGCCGGACAUGUCGUGGCUGUUUGGUCUGAACAGAGGACAACCCGAGCCUCCGGGUGUCCCCGGUCAGCCUCCGCCUCCUCCACCUCCAAGUGGAGGUGCAGGCAGUGGGGGAGAUAAACCCAAGGACAAAUGGAGUAAUUUCGACCCGACAGGACUGGAGCGAGCUGCUCAGGCAGCCAAGGAGCUCGACAAGUCCCGUCAUGCCAAGGAGGCGCUUGAUUUAUCCCGUAUGCAAGAGCAGACUGCACAGUUGGAACAUCAAACUAAAAUAAAGGAGUAUGAAGCUGCUGUGGAGCAGCUCAAAGGUGAUCAGAUUAAACUUCAGGGUGAAGAGAGAAGAAAAACUCUAGGCGAGGAGACAAGACAACACCAAGCUCGAGCACAGUACCAGGACAAACUGGCCAGACAGCGAUACGAAGAACAACUUCGACAACAGCAACAUCUCAAUGAGGAUAACCUCCGCAAACAGGAGGAGUCUGUGCAGAAGCAAGAAGCCAUGAGAAAAGCAACUAUUGAACAUGAGAUGGAGCUAAGACACAAAAACGAACUUCUGCGAAUAGAAGCAGAAGCAAAAGCAAGAGCUCGUGUUGAAAGGGAGAAUGCUGAUAUCAUUCGUGAGCAAAUUCGACUUAAGGCGGCUGAACACAGACAGACUGUUCUGGAAUCCAUAAAAACUGCAGGUGCUGUGUUUGGAGAAGGAUUUCGUGCUUUUGUGUCAGACUGGGACAAAGUUACAGCCACAGUGGCCGGGCUGACUCUGUUGGCCGUGGGAGUCUAUACAGCCCGUAAUGCAACUGGAGUGGCUGGACGCUACAUUGAAGCAAGACUUGGGAAGCCAUCCCUUGUGCGAGAGACGUCUCGUUUCACUGUGGCUGAGGCCAUUAAACAUCCAGUUAAGACCACCAAGCGGUUGAAAAGUAAACCUCAAGAUGCACUAGAAGGAGUGGUCCUCAGUCCCAUUCUAGAAGAGCGUGUACGUGACAUUGCAAUAGCCACGAGAAACACAAGACAAAACCAUGGUCUCUACAGAAAUAUCUUGAUGUAUGGCCCCCCGGGUACUGGCAAAACUCUUUUUGCUAAGAAACUGGCAAUGCAUUCUGGGAUGGACUAUGCCAUCAUGACUGGUGGAGACGUUGCACCGAUGGGUCGUGAUGGGGUAACAGCUAUGCAUAAAGUAUUUGACUGGGCCAAUACAAGUCGGCGUGGACUUCUACUUUUUGUUGAUGAAGCUGAUGCGUUCCUUCGUAAGCGUUCAACGGAAAAGAUUAGUGAAGAUCUAAGAGCAACACUGAAUGCCUUUUUGUACCGGACAGGUGAACAGAGCAACAAAUUUAUGUUAGUUCUUGCCAGUAAUCAGCCAGAGCAGUUUGACUGGGCCAUAAAUGACAGAAUAGAUGAAAUAGUGAAUUUUGCUCUCCCUGGUCCUGAUGAGAGGGAGAGGCUUGUGCGCCUUUAUUUUGACAAAUAUGUGCUUCAGCCAGCGACUGGGGGCAGGCAGAGAAUGAAGCUGGCGCAAUUUGAUUACGGAAAGAAGUGCUCAGAGAUUGCUACUCUGACUGAAGGGAUGUCGGGGCGUGAGAUCUCUAAGCUUGGAGUGGCUUGGCAGGCUGCAGCCUAUUCCUCUGCAGAUGGUGUCCUGACAGAGGCCAUGAUUGAUGCUCGGGUCGAUGAUGCGGUCAAACAGCAUCGUCAGAAGAUGGACUGGCUCUAUGCAGAAGAGGACGCAUCUACACUGACCCCCCCAAAACCUGAGGCAUCAGUGAGUGGGGGAAAGAUGGGCUUUGCCCUGCCUCCUGCUGAGGCUCCUCAGGCUCCUCAGGCUCAAGACCUUGUUGCUCCUCUCCUGAGUGGGGCCGCACCAGCUCUUGAGGAACUCACUAUUACACCACCUCCUGCUGAGGCUCCUCAGGCACAAGACCUGAUCACCCCCGUGCUGAAUGUAGCCUCUCCUGCAGCAGCAGACCUCUCUGUGGCCUCUCCUGCAGUUGAGGACCUCUCUGUGGCCUCUCCUGCAGUUGAGGACCUCUCUGUGGCCUCUCCUGCAGCUGAGGACCUCUCUGUGGCCUCUCCUGCAGCUGAGGACCUCUCUGUGACCUCUCCUGCAGCUGAGGACCUCUCUGUGGCCUCUCCUGCAGCUGAGGACCUCUCUGUGGCCUCUCCUGCAGCUGAGGACCUCUCUGUGACCCCUGCAGCUGAGGACCUCUCUGUGACCCCUGCGUCAGAGGACCUCUCUGUGACCCCUGCGUCAGAGGACCUCUCUGUGGCCCCUGCGUCAGAGGACCUCUCUGUGGCCCCUCCAGCCGCUGAGGACCUCUCUGUGGCCCCUCCAGCCGCUGAGGACCUCUCUGUGGCCUCUCCAGCCGCUGAGGACCUCUCUGUGGCCUCUCCAGCCGCUGAGGACCUCUCUGUGGCCUCUCCAGCAGCUGAGGACAUUGUGCCUCCUGUGUCUGAGGAGAAGAGCAGCGCGACGACAGAUGAAGCCAAAAGUGAAAGUACAGCAGAGGAGGCACAGUCCGUUGAAGACAAGAUUGAAAAGAAAGACUCUGAACCUCCAAAAGACGGGACUCCAGUCUGA